CUGAUUAUAUUAAUUGGUAAUAAUUUUUAUUAAUUGAUUAUACAUGUAAGUGUAUUUUAUUUUUAAUUUUUAUUGUGUCAAAAAGUCAAAAAUAUUGUUUAGAUAAAUUAUGCGUGUUUUAGACUUAUAUAUACUAUAUAUUAUAAAUAUUUACAUAAAUAUAUUUCAUAUAGUUACCACUUGAAAAACACAGCAUGAGAUCGCUCAGAAUAGGAAGCUGAUUCUCGUUCGAUAGUGUUAUCCGACACUUGAUUCGAUGCGUUCGCCUGCACAUAAAAAUAAAUGCGUUAGUAUAAAAAUAUUUUUGGUAUAUGAAAGAAAUCGUGAUAUAUUUUGGUAAUUUGUUAGUGUGAAAGUCUUCUUCUCCAUUGCCAGGAAAUAUUAAAUUACAAUAUUAAGGAAUAAAUAAUUGCAAAUUUCAGUGUCAGCAUAUAAUCUACAUAAGCAGACAUCACGCAACAUAUGAUCGCCGUUUCAUCUGAAACGUUCAUGUACAAACCGCGUAUCACAUAAAACUAAACGUCGUUACUUUUGUCUUAUGCUACAUUAUUGAUAAUAUGAAAUUAAAACUGCAACACUCUUUUCGCGUAUUCUUCAACUAUAAGAGAUACCCAACUUAUUAGCGAUUCCAUUUAAAUCGAUUUAAUAUAUAACGUAUAACGCUUUUUGCCAAUACAAAGUAUCGACCUUCCAAGGGAAUAUGAAAUGAGUCAUAGACGGAAAUUUUUCUUCGGCGACGAGUUAUUAAAGAAUUCCUUUUCAACGACCACAGUUUACCAAUGGACGCCUUUGAUACCAGAUAUUUUCGUAUUAACAAGCUAUUGCUGUCGUAUGUCGGCUUGUGGCCAACUCGAUCGUCGUCUAACAAGAAUAUAAUUCUCUAUUGCACAAUACUUGGUAUAUUGAUUUUAUCGUUGCCGCAGAUCGCAUAUUUAUUUAAACAUGCGACAAGUCUAGCCGACAUUUACGAUGUGCUACCGACUCUCACUGGCGCAAAUAUAUGUCUCAUGAAAUUGAUCGGUUUGUUUUAUAAAUUUAAAAAAUUUAGGAUGCUUAUUCAGCAUGUACGAUACGACUGGCGCCUAUUAGAGAAUCAUGAGAAUAUUCAAAUUCUAACGGAAUACGUCGAGAGAAGUCGGAUGUUCACAAUGGCCUAUUUAAUUUUUAUCGGCACGGGUGCGACUAGUUAUAUCACAGCACCGCUAACAGUACCGAUACUCGACAUUAUAUUGGCAUCGAACGUGACGAGACCGAAAAAGUUGCCGCAUUCAAGCGAAUUCUUUCUGGAUCUGGAAAAGUAUUACUACAUUCUCUUCGCGAUCACGUGCAUAGGAUACCUAGCAGCCUGCACAGCGGUGAUCGCCAUCGAUACCAUCUACUUCGCACUGCUGCAACAUAGCUGCGGUAUGCUGGCCAUAUUAAGUCAUCAUUUGGAAAACAGUAUUAUAUACAACAAAUCGAAAUGCGUCGAUCGUAAUUACAUAUCUAACAAUAAGUGGGACAAGGAUGUUGAGAAUAUGAUACAAUGCGUACAGCUACAAAUCAGAAUAGAAAGACUGAUCCAGUUAAUUGAAUCAACGUUUGCGACGUGUCUCAUUAUCGAUAUGGGUUUAGGAGUUUUACUUCAAUGUUCCGCGUGUGUGAUGAUAGUAACUCAUAUGAAUGCUAUGGAGAUGAUGAGAAACGGUCCACUUUUGCUCCUUCAAAGUUCUCGAAUUUUUUUCAACAGCUGGAUAGGGCAAGAAAUAAUAGAUCACAGUGCUCAGGUUCCUGUCGCAGCAUAUAAUAAAAUGUGGUAUCAAACAUCCCUGAGGUCAAAGAAGAUGUUUUUAUUUCUAUUAAUGAAAUGUCAAAAGCCGUAUCGUUUAACUGUGGCCAAAUUAUAUGUAAUCAGUUUAGAAGGUUACUGUAGGAUCAUGAAAACAUCCGUCUCCUAUGUUACAUUAAUGGUAUCGUUAAAUUCGGAUGAUAUAUAAUUGUCUACCAUCUGGAAUCCUGCGACUUACUUUAUGCGUCAAACAUAGAAAAUAAUUGUGAAUAAAUAUUCCGAUAAAUAAACAUUCGUCUUAUAUGCAUUGCCAAAUUUUAAUCUUGUAUUGCCUUCCAUUUCAUAUAAUGUUCUUCAUUUUUAUAUGUAAAGAAAAACAU